GCGAAAAAUUGUCGAAGAAGCUGUUACACGCAUCAACUUGCUGAAAAUUCGUCAUUUCGUGUUGCUAGUUUUUGAAGGAGAAUCAAAACUCGCAACGUGCUGCCGUAUCCGAAAAUCUACGUGCGUGAACCUGCAAAACUGUCAAAACCUGGGGUAAAUUGUCUUCCAUUGAACUGAAAAAAUGUCAGUGAGCACAGUUCGAAGACUUAACCAAAUACCAUCCAGACGUUCAAUAAAUACAAGUCUUAGAUUGGCACUAGCACUGAUCGUUUCAAUCUCAUAUUCCUUUAUCUACAUCGAAGCAGCAGGCAGCAGAGGUCUUCCAUGUGCUGUAAAUACAUGGGGUCCUGAAUGUAAAGAAUGCCUUUGUGAAAAUAACGCUACAUGCUCUCCAAACAAUGGUAUCUGCACGUGUACCCAAGGGUGGGAGGGACAGUACUGUAACAAGAAGAGAUGUGACCAUCGUCACUAUGGUGACGAAUGUCAACACAGAUGUUCUUGCUUUAAUGGAGCGUCGUGCCAUCCGGUUACAGGAGAAUGUUUGUGCUCUGCUGGAUAUCGAGGUGUUAAUUGUAACACUACAUGCCCAGAAGGAACUUAUGGCUUCAAGUGCACAAAGGACUGUACAUGUCCCAUCAAUACGGUGUGCUCACCGAUCGAUGGAUCCUGUACUUUUAAAUAUAAGUUUGAAUAUAAUGGAACGCAUUGCGAAUGUCGCCCUAAGAACAGCAUCCCCGGAUGUGAAGCCUGCAACUGUAGUCAAUUGGGCACCUGCGACUUGACAACUGGGGAGUGUAUGUGCCAAGUAGGGUAUACUGGCGAGAGCUGUCGAAAACUACACUGUGGGGACAAACACUACGUCCCAGGUUGCCAUGGAAACUGUAAUUGCCAAUAUAAUGCAACAUGCUACGAGAGAGACUGGUCAUGUGACUGCUUACCGGGGUGGACUGGGAAGAGUUGUAACGAUUCCUGUCCAGAUGGUCGCUAUGGAAUAAACUGCCAAUCAAAGUGCACGUGUGAAAACAGCACCUCAUGUGACCCUCAGACGGGAAGGUGUGGCGACCUUUUGACGACCUAUACUGAAGAAAGCAAACGAGCUCCUAGAUUUGCUGUUCUACUAGUGAUAGCCGUAAUUCUCACGAUCACAGUAUGUCCUGCGUUUUACAUAAUAAUGAUAUUUACUCCCCUCUCUUCGGGAGACACAAUUCCAAUGCAGAACUUUGAGGAGAGAACCGCCCUCGAAUCGCCAUCACGCUCAGACGAUUUCCAAGAACACAGCACAGAACAAAUUACAGAAAACAGGACAGCUGAAAGAUCUCGCGGGGCACGGGAAUCAUAAUGCCGUCUGGAGGGCAUAACAGAGAACACUGCAGUGACAACCUGCCAUGAAGUGCAAUCAGGUUCAGGAGAUUCGCAAGAAUCUAUAGAGGAACAAAUUGAAGAAUUGGCAAGUUGUCAUUCUUACAAAAAGAAGGCCGAAAACGCAACACCAACGCAAAGGGGCGUCUCGUGGCCACAAUACUCAAACUACAGGCACCAAAGAAAUUCGGCAGCACGCAGUAGUUCUACAAGUUUUAUCAACCAAGCUUUGAUAAAUGAAGAUAAAUAGAAAAUAGCGAAACCUAUACCUGCCAGAAACCAGAAACCUAUACCUGCAGAUAACUUAAGUUAAAAGAGAAUGGAGGCAAUUCCGAAUAACUGAAUGUUUUUCAGAACAUGCGUAAUAGCUAAAUUACGAGCCUUAGAUGAAACGACUGAAGAAGAGGGCCAAUGAGCCUUUCACAACUUCAAGUCGCAUAAAAAAUGAACCAGCUCAACUAGAAACCGCGGACAGCUGUUUCGGCCUGUAUUGGGCCUCGUCAGCACGGUGUAUCCAGUGAGCUGGUAGAAUCCCACGAAAAGUAGUACAUAUACUACUACUGUAUAUAUGUUUGUAAGAUGAUAUAAUGAUUCAGAUGUAAUACACCUAACGGUAAAUGAAUCAUAAAAGUGUAUGUCUAGACUUAAGCUAGUUAAAGAAUAAAACAGAAGAUAUAACUAGCUAAAAACUGUGAGCUGCGUCGGUGUUUCUAAUGGAACAGUAAUGAUGAAAAGGUAAAUUAUACACCGUGAAAAGAUGAAAAAACUUACUGACGUUU